AUGCCAACAAAAGAGCAAUUAAAAAAUGACCUGAAAAGAACUCAGGACAGUGGACAACGGCAUAAAAAGCAUCUUUCGUUUCAACUUUUCCCUCUCGGAUCGCCAUGGACAAAAAGCGAGAGGAAGAGAAAGAGAGCGAGAGGAAAAGAGCACUCGAGAGCGUCCUCUUCUUCAUCCAUCUCUCCAAAAGCCACAGGUUUAUGUAGCGGUCAAUACGACGUGUUCUUGAACUUUAGAGGCUCGGAUACCCUCAAGGCAUUCACCGAUCACCUCUAUAACAAUCUGGUCAAGGCAGGGACUGUACCAUUUUGCGUAUUUAGGGACGAGAACAGCAUCCCAAUUGGUGAGGAAUUUGGUUCAGAGAUUCUCGAUGCUAUCGUACGGUCUAAGAUUUCGAUCCCCAUCAUCUCUGAAAAUUAUGCUUCGAGCAAAUGGUGCCUCCGUGAGCUUGUUCGUAUCAUGGAAUGCAAGAAGAGCACGUCACACAUAGUGUUGCCUAUAUUUUACAAAGUUGCCCCAUCGGAUGUGCGGCAUCUAAAGGGAAAUUUUGGAAAUGCCUUCCAUUUGAGGCGGGAGCAUUAUGAUGAGACGGAUAUCUGGGAAUGGCAACGAGCACUUAAUGAAGUCAGUUACUUACAUGGAUGGGUAUCUAAUAAAUUUGAGGACGGGUACUUCACUGAACUUUUCUUGUUUUGAUAAGUUUGUUUUCUUCUUCAAGCAAAACCAAUGAAAUGUAGAUCAAUUACUUUCACUG